UGACCUCAGUGUUCUGGAACUCACGGCGGAAGCGGCGCGGUGUCACCAAGCGGUCCUCGCGCAUUAAACAUCCACAAAAACACCAAGAACCAUGAAGAUCUGGACGUCAGAGCACAUUUUCAAUCAUCCAUGGGAAACCGUGACCAACGCCGCCAUGCAGAAGUACCCGAACCCCAUGAACCCCAGCGUGUUCGGCGUGGACGUGUUGGACCGUAACGUGGACCAGCAGGGACGCCUGCACAGCAAACGCCUCCUCAGCACCGAGUGGGGUCUGCCGUCCAUCGUCAGAUCGAUAAUUGGCAACACACGGACAUGUACGUACAUCCAGGAGCACUCCAUAGUCGAUCCCAAAGAGAAAACCUUUGAGCUUCAGUCGACUAAUAUCACCUUCACUAACAUGGUGUCUGUGGACGAGCGGCUCACGUACCGCCCGCACCCGGAGGACCCGGAGAAGACGAUGCUCACGCAGGAGGCCAUCAUCUCUGUGAAGGGUGUCAGUCUCAGUAGCUAUCUGGAGGGACUCAUGGCAUCAACCAUCUCCGCCAAUGCAGGAAAGGGUCGUGAGGCGAUGGAGUGGGUGAUCCGCCGCCUGAAUGCUGAGAUCGAGGAGCUGGCCAUCACAGCGAGAGGAACCCUGAGGACUCCGAUGGCCGCCGCCGUCACUGAGAAGUGAACGCCAUCCUGCGCUCUCCUCUCGUGUGUGUCCUCCUCCUCGGGUCCCGCGUGUGCAAGCGUCUACAUUAGAGGCUGCGGGCCGCGAGCUGCUGACGCACAACACCACCACGAGUAGAGUAGUUUAAUGAAUCAGUGUAACGGGACUGAACGAUGGUGCUCAGAGGAAACUUCCCACGUUUCCCGGACUGCAGACGUACGACGCAUCGCUUCACCAGCACUUGGAAAUUGUUAGCAAUAUUAUAACUUAUUAUAUUACUAUUAUACUGUUAAAACACGGAGGGGAACAAACUAAUCCAGGACCAUCAGACGUGUGUGUGUGUUGGAUUCUUCAGAAUGGCCUCCUUAAAAAACAAAUGAGCACUAAAUGACUUAUAAGAGAAUAGAAUGACAUCAUCAUGAUCAUGUGACUCGAGAAUGUUCAACGCACUGCUAAUUAUCCGCAGUGAACACUUUGAGUUUGACCGAACAGGAGGCGGAUGGGAUGUUGAAUCGGGACGCGAGGACGACACAGUGUGUGUGUGAUGGGAAACAUCAGAGAUGUGCCUUCUGCAGUGUGUGACGUAAAGAGGGGAAAUACAUUCUAUUUAUUUAUUUAUAUUUUGUAGAUUUAUGGAAUUUCAACUCAAGCAUCCGAACCAGUAUGCAGAUGAACAUCAGUCCAGAACCUGUUGAUGCAGUGAUGCGGCACUGAGCGUGACGUCACCGUGGAGACCGUAGUGUGUGUGUGUUAAUGCUCAGCACGGACAUCUUUACGCAGCGCCACACAGAACGCUGUGUUUUUGUUUCCUUCUCAAUAAUGCAUUUUUUGUUGGGUUUAACUGGUUUAUUGUGAUGAACUAAAAUGAAACAUAACGGCAUUUAAACAACGUAUUUAUAUUAAAUGUAAAUAUUUGUUUACUGGCAAACUUAGUAUUAAAUAUUGACAGAAGCAACUUAGAAUCUUUUAGUUUGUGCCGGUACUGACGAAACGGGGUGAUCUCGUCCAUCAUCUGUUCUCAGAACAGCCAAAGCUGUUUACAGCUGUAGAAAUAAACUAACCUUCAUACUGAA